AAACGCAAUCUUUAGGUUGUGCUAAAGCUCAAACCCCUCUUGCUCCCCAGUCUCCCACCCACAGAGAGGCAGAUAAAUAUUAUAUAUAUAUAUAUAUAUAUAUCAGAGUAGGUAGAGAGAGAGAGAAAGAAAAGCAGAGAUGUCUCAAGCUGUAUCUCCAGGCUUCUCUGUCUUCUCCAGCUUCUUCAGUGGCCUGUAAAUGAAUCCAUAUCUCAACCUCUUCUUCUCAGAAGAAGAUGGCCCAAAGCCCUCCUUUUCUUUUGGAUGCUUUGUACUGUGAAGAAGAGCAGUGGGAGGAGGACGAUAGUUAUUGCACUGAGAGUAGUGGUCUUAAGCCUUUGAAGUUUCUGGAACAAGAAGACGUACUGUGGGAAGAAGACGAAGAGUUGACCUCUUUGCUCUCUAAAGAACAAGUAAACUUCUUUUACAAUGGCCUGGAAAUGAAGUUAACAAACCCAUCUCUGGCUGGGGCCAGGAGAGAUGCUGUGGAAUGGAUUCUGAGGGUCAAUGCCCACUUCUCUUUCUCUGCUCUCACCGCAGUUCUUGCUGUGAACUACUUCGAUAGGUUCCUAUUAAGCUUCCACUUCCAAAGCGAGAAGCCAUGGAUGAGCCAGCUUGCCGCUGUGGCCUGUCUCUCACUCGCUGCCAAAGUAGAAGAAACCCAAGUUCCUCUUUUGCUAGACCUUCAAGUGGAGGAAACUAAGUACUUAUUUGAAGCCAAAACGAUUCAGAGAAUGGAGAUUUUGGUGCUCUCGACCCUCCAGUGGAGGAUGCAUCCAGUAACUCCACUCUCGUUUCUUGAUCACAAUGCGAGGAGGCUAGGCCCAAAGAGUCAUCUUUGUUGGGAUUUUCUCAAGAGAUGCGAGUCCCUAAUUCUGUCCAUCAUUUCUGAUUCCAGGUUUCUAUGCCAUCUCCCCUCUGUUCUGGCCACUGCCACAAUGCUGCUGGUCAUAAAUAGCUUACAGCCCUAUGCAGCUGUGGAUUACCGAAACCAGCUUUUGGGUAUUCCUGGAAUCGAUAAGGACAAAGUAGAGGAGUGUUACAAGCUAAUCCUGGAAUCAGACUUGGUUCCUGGGCAGCAAUCCAACAAGCGCAAGUUUGGAUCGGAUCCAGGCAGCCCGAAAGGAGUGAUAGAUCUUUCUUUCAGCUCCGAUUGCUCUAAUGAUUCCUGGGCGGUGACGAUAUCGGUGCCUUCCUCGCCGGAGCCUCUGUCAAAGAAGAUCAAGGCCCAGAAUCAUGUUCUCAAGGGCCUAAAACCUGGAGAAAUUCUGAGCUUCCAUGGCUAGGCCUUUCUUUUGUUUCCCAUGAUAUGUUAAAUAACACUUAUAUGUUCUCGAUAUUUUGCUUACCUGCAUGUUAAACUAAAUUGCCGUCUAUCUCUGCAUUUGAAUCCAAAACCCGAAUUACAGAGAACCCAUUCAUUUUCAUGUGCCCUGCAUUUGGGAAUGAUGGGUGCGGAGUGGAGAUUUGGGCUUUUGGAGGUAGAGAUUGCUGGCAUUUUAUUCGGAGAAAGUAAGGAACGUUACAUUGGCAUAAUUAGCGUUAAAGAGUAUUGCCUUAUAUAUAUAUAUAUACAUGCAUUAGUAUAGACAGAGAAAUCUCUCAAUGGAGAAUGGUUUUUCUCGGAUGCAUCAUGCAUGUGAAGAGAGAGGAAAACGGUGUCG